CCCUGGACUAGAGCUAACCCACUCAUUGGGAGCCUACUGGAGAGGGUUAAACUAAAACGAAGGUCCUUAAUUUGAGUCAUCUGUUUCCACUGCUGAGUUCGCAGCUCUGGUCUGCUGCUCACCAGCCGUCUUCGGGUGGAUGUAGGCAGCCCUAGGAGACUUUCUAUCAGCGAAAAAUACGUAAUAUGAGUUUAGUAGAAUAUAUAGUGUUCUACCGCAACCUAUUGACGAAUUGGAGUUUACUUUUCGCACUUUCAGUGCACGUGCAAGCUGUUUGACGUUUAAGCCUUUCCAUGGAGAAGCCCCUAUUCACUCUACUCUACAUCUGUAUGUGAGAGAGAGAGAGAGAGAGAGAGAGAGAGAGAGAGAGAGAGAGAGAGAGAGAGAGAGAGAGAGAGAGAACAGAGAGAACAGAGAGAGAGAACAGAGAGAGAGAGAACAGAGAGAGAACAGAGAGAGAGAGAACAGAGAGAGAGAGAACAGAGAGAGAGAGAACAGAGAGAGAGAGAGAGAGAGAGUGUGUGUUUCUGUGUAUUUGUCCUGUCUGAGUGUGAUUGUCUGCCUAUGAUUGUUGGAGCGUGUGCGACUGGGUCUCUUGUGUGUUUGAUUGUGUGUGUGUGUCUAUGUAUAUCCCUACCACCCCGUAACUUCCACUUGAAGAACAUGUUGCCACCUGUGAGGAGAGACCGCAUCAUCGCUCAGCUUCCAGAGUGUUUUACCCCAGCUGCAGCGCUGCACACUAAAGAUGUCUUCCACUCACAGGUCAAGGCUGCCUGUCAGGGGCAAAAGACGGGCGCAGUGGGCUUUAACAUCGCCAAGGUGAUUGUGGUAGGGGAUGUGGCAGUUGGGAAGACAUGUCUAAUCAGCAGGUUCUGUAAGGACUCGUUUGAUAAGAACUAUAAGGCCACCAUCGGAGUGGAUUUUGAGAUGGAGCGGUUUGAGGUGUUGGGGGUGCCCUUCAGUUUACAGCUAUGGGACACAGCGGGUCAGGAGAGGUUCAAGUGCAUCGCCUCCACAUAUUACAGAGGAGCACAAGCCAUCAUAGUGGUAUUUGACCUGAGCUGUGUCACCUCUCUGGACAAUGCCAGGCAGUGGCUGGAGGAUGCUAUGAAGGAGAAUGAUCCCUCCAGUGUUCUGCUGUUCCUGGUCGGAACCAAGAAGGACCUCAGUUCUCCGGAUCAGUUGGCCUACAUGGAGCUGGAGGCCAUUAGACUGUCAGAGGAGAUCCGAGCAGAGUACUGGACUGUGUCUGCCAAGUCAGGGGAGAGUAUCAGGGAGUUUUUCUUCCGGGUAGCGUCUCUAACCUUUGAGGCCAACGUGCUGGCAGAGCUCGAGAAGAGUGGGUCCAGACGUGUUGGUGACAUUAUCAGAAUCACAGAGAGCACAGAAGAAGAGUACAAACCAACCAAGAGGAAAGCAACCUGCUGCUGAUGGGGAAGGAUACACAGGACAACACUACACAGGACAACACUACACAGGACAACACAGGACAACACUACACAGCACAACACUACACACAACACUACACAGGACAACACUACACAGGUCAACACUACACAGGUCAACACUACACAGGUCAACACUACACAGGUCAACACUACACAGGACAACACUACACAGGACAACACUACACAGGUCAACACUACACACUGAGGAUGACCACAUGAGAAGAUGAGAAUAAUACUGCUACACUCAAUUCCCACAAAACAACUCUGAAUACUGAAGUACGGGAGACUUGAAUGCCAGAACACAAUCACGCAUCUGUGUGUUUGUACAAUGUGAAAGUGUCGUCUCAGUGAGGACGAUUCCAAUUCCAUGGAUUGUCAGCUGAACGAGAGAAGAAGUAACAGCAACAGCAAUUGUAUUUAUCCCCAUCAAUCCAUGGAUAACAGAUUGCGUUCGCAGUCUUUUUUUUUUUACAUGAUCAUAAAGAGAAAUAGGCAACACUUGCAUGGUCUUUAAAGCAGCUUAAGAGAAAUAGGCAACACUUGUAUGGUCUUUAAAGCAGCUUAAGAGAAAUAGGUGAUGCAUGUGGACUGGAAGAAACCUCUAGAAUCACAGAACCACGGUUUGGAGUCUAAUGCUGCUCCUUUACGUGAAACCCUCUCCAUAAACAACUGGAGAUAGUGUAGGUCCCAUAGCUUUGAGUUUUCCCUGACCAUAUAACCAGACCAGGAAAAACUCUUAUCUAUCCCCUUCACCAGAGCCCUAUGCUGUGUAGUGUAGUAUGGUACAAUACAUGUAGCUCUGGUCUAAUGUAAUGUAGCUCUGGUCUAAUGUAAUGUAGCUCUGGUCUAAAGUAAUGUAACUCUGGUCUAAAGUAAUGUAACUCUGGUUUAAAGUAAUGUAGCUCUGGUCUAAAGUAAAGAAACACUGGUCUAAAGUAAUGUAACUCUGGUCUAAAGUAAUGUAGCUCUGGUCUAAA